AACGUAAACAGUGGAAAAUCAUGUCCAAAUACAAGAGUUUGAUAAAUCUGAACACCCCGUACGCCCAGAGGAUGAAGUACCUGUCUAAUAAGAUCUUCGGCGAAGUCGCCAGGCCCACAAACUCCAAGUCCAUGAAGGUGGUGAAGAUGUUCAGCGCGCUGCCGGUGGAGAAGAACGAUUACUUCGUGAAUUACUAUCCUCGGCACGUGGAAGUGGGCUGGCUGAUGAGACACCUGAGAUCCUACGGCCUCUUCCGCGACGAGCAUGAGGACUUCAAGGAGGAGAUGAAGAGAUUGCGCGCCCUCAGAGGAAAAGCACCUCCGCCGAGAGGUGCAGGCAAGAGGGCGAAGAAAUAAGGUCCAGGAAUUCUUCCUGGACAACCAAGGAUGAUUUGUUGCAUAGCUUUUGUAGGUAAUUUAAAGGAAAUGUGUAAGAAAAUACAUGAAAAUAAAUUCAAGGAAAU